AUGCGUAGUGGUUUGAGCGGUGGACUGCGCCGCAGCGGAGCGCUGUUGUCAAGCCGGCCGUACGACGCGGUGGUGGUGGGCGGCGGAAUCGCCGGUUGUCUCGUCGCCGGCCGCCUCGGCCUCGAGAAUGUCCACACCGCCGUUAUUGAGGAGGGCGCCGACAUUCGCCAGCAGCCACGUUGGCACCGCGAGAUCGCCUGCAGUCUUCUGGCGCACCGGUUCGCACGCCGCUCGUAUGAGAGCCACGCGAACAUCACAUCCCCGCAGCGCACACACCGCGGCGGCGAGGAGGCCGUGCCGGUGAUGAUUCCAACACCUCGAGUGUUGGGCGGUGGUGGUGUGAUGGGCGGACGCUCGUGGAAUCUCGGCGAUCAAGACGACUGGGAUGGCGCCGCGUGGAGUUUUCGCGAUGAAUUAUUACCACGCGUGCAGAAACUUGAGAAUUUGGAAGUGGCAGCUCCACACCGUGGAAGACGUGGAAAGUUUUUUAUUUCCCGCCCACAAGCUCUUUCACCCUUCUUCCGCGUCUUUUGUGAAGCCAUGUCAAAGGACACCGCACUCACCAGUGAUUUUAAUAAGAAAGAGUACCGCAUGAAGACAGGAUGUGGAAGGUCAGAAAUCUUUGUCGAUUAUCGUUCUGGUAUUGCUAACACAACGUUAAAGAGCUAUUUAAUGGAUACCAUUGCUCUUAAACGACCAAUAGAUGUUUUUUGUAAUGCACGCGUAUUUGGAAUUAGCGCAAAAGAGGGUGAUAAGUCUACCGCUACAGGGGUUUCAUAUGUAACUCCAGAAGGUCGUACAGAACAUAUUGAGGCUAAUACGGUUAUUCUAUGUGCAGGUGGUAUUGGUACACCACGUUUACUUGCCGCCUCUCAGGGAACCCUCGCAAUUGCUCCAGAAGUGGGAACAAACUUUUGGGACACACCACAGGUUAAAAUGCAGUUCCGUACUCGCAUGCCACUCAGUCAUAACUGUUUUAUGGAACCUCUUGUACAAAUGUUUCUUGGUUUGAAUGUCAAGUUUGGAAGACCUUUACACGCCCUCUGCUCUGCAUAUGAUGAUAUGAUAUGUUACUGGUCCAGUACCGGUCAACAAACUCCUGAUGUGAAAUUUAUUUUUCAACCCUUUACGAUGAAUAAUGAUGGUUCUACUCCGGAAGGAGUUCCACAUGGAGUUCAAAUUAUUGCCCAAUUGGCACGACCCAAAAGUCGUGGUUACAUCCGGGCAGAUGGCACCAUUGACCCACAAUACUUAAUGCACCCGGAUGAUGAACAGGCCCUUUGUAAAGCUGUAGCACGUGUAAAGGAAUUGACCAAGAUGCUUCCUCUAUCAAAUGUUUUUAUCGAAAUGGUGGGAGAGCGUUUUGAGUCUGCUGGUAUCUACGGUGGAGGUUCACUUCCUGUGCUUGAUCCACGCAAAUUCCUUGUGAAGAAUACCACAAACCUUUACGUGUGUGAUGAGAGUGUACUUCACGCCCCAUUGCUGGGUGAUUCACUGCCAUACAUAUUAGCGUUAGGGGAAAAGUUUGCCGAUGAAUUUCUACACAGGCCUGAUAAUCGCCAGAAGUUUGAGAGUGCCGCGCAAGGAAAGAAUGAGGCACGCAUUAUUUAUUGA